CUCGACCUUUGCACACAAAAUCUGUCCUGUUCAUGCGUGUGUGUAGAGCUGCAAAUUCAACCGCCUCCGUUGCCUAUAACAGUAGGCUCCCCUCAGCCAGCCAGCUCGACAUCCUGAUCUCGGCGGAGCCCUCGUCCCCCGCCCGGCCACCAUGUCUACUCUCCCGAAGGUCGCGGACGCGGAAAAGGAGAGCUUAUAUGGCUACGUCUUCGGUGUCUCAGGACCUGUGGUCAUUGCUCAGCAGAUGAGUGGAGCUGCUAUGUACGAACUGGUCCGUGUGGGUCACGGGGAGCUGGUGGGAGAGAUCAUUCGACUCGAAGAAGACAUGGCAACCAUUCAAGUAUACGAAGAGACUUCUGGAGUGACAGUAGGAGACCCAGUACUGAGGACCGGGAAACCUCUGUCGGUGGAACUGGGACCUGGCAUCAUGGACAACAUCUUUGACGGGAUCCAGAGACCACUCAAGGACAUCUGUGAUCUGACUGAGAGUAUCUACAUCCCGAGAGGUAUCAACGUCACCAGUUUGCCCCGUGAGAAGAACUGGUCGUUCCAGCCCACGGGAGACUUCAGGGUG